AUGGAACUGGGAAGGAGGAAUACCAAGAAAUACACUUUCAAAUGUCCUGACUUAACAGAGUUGAAGAAGCUUGGUUCUAUGAUAGUUAGUCUAGAGGAUUUCAGAGCUCAGUAUGGAAGACUUAUGGGUAUCUUGAAGACCAAGGUUGAAGAUGGAGUUCUCAACACACUGGUACAGUUUUAUGAUCCACUUUACCAUUGCUUCACAUUUCUAGACUACCAGCUUAUGCCUACUCUAGAAGAAUACUCUUAUUGGUUUGGUUUGCCAGUCUCUGACAAAUUACCAUUCAGUGGUUCAGAGAAGACCCCUGCAUCAGCAGCUAUUGCAGAAGCACUUCACCUAGAAACGUCUGUUGUGAAGGACAACUUCACUAAAAAAGGAGGGAUUCUAGGUCUAACCUCUAGAUUCUUGUUGGAGAAAGCCUUUAUCUUUGCAGAAGCAGAUAGUAGAGAUGCCUUUGAAGCCAUUUUUGCUCUACUCAUUUAUGGAAUUGCACUCUUCCCAAACAUUGAAGACUUCGUGGAUGUUAAUGUUAUACGAAUCUUCUUAAUUGGUAACCCAGUACCCACAUUACUUGGAGAUACCUACCAUUCUAUCUAUCACAAAACUAAGAAAGUUGGUGGAACCAUUCUUUGUUGUGCACCUCUCCUAUCUAAGUGGUUUAUUUCUCACUUCCCAGAUCCAGGCUCUUCAGGGAGGAUCCGCAGAAGCUUAGAUAGUCUCAGAGGUUCAUGUCCAUUGAUCAAGGGAGUAUACAUUGGUAUGACCCCUUCUAUGAUGUUGGAGUAA